ACUACCUAUAUAAACGUUUGGAAAUAUUUUAUAAACAGUUAUUGUAAUUAUAUGAGUGUGAAAGUAUUAGAACCACAUCAAUUGACUAUGACGUUAAACGCUGAACCUAUUGAUGGUCAACAUAAAUUAAAUACUUCUUGGACAUUAUGGUAUGACCAACCUUCAAAUGAAAGUAUUCCGUAUGGGUCAAACACAAAAGAGGUUUAUUGUUUUGGUACUGUUGAAAACUUUUGGAGAAUGUACAACAAUAUCAUCAAAGCCUCUGAUUUAGUUUGUAUGAGUAGUUAUUAUCUAUUUAGAAAGGGUAUUGAACCAAAAUGGGAAGAUGCACAAAAUAAAAAUGGAGGUAGAUGGAUUCAUUAUUGUAGUAAAACUAUGAAGAAUGAAGGAAUUGAGGAAAAGUGGUUAAACACUAUUUUAGCAUGCAUUGGAGAAGAUUUUCCUUCAAGUGAGUUAGUCAAAGGGUGUGUUUUUAAUUGUAAAAAAAAUCAAAUAAGGAUUUCUUUAUGGGUAGGGGAGCAUGAUGAUUCUAAAGCUGUGAAAUUGAUUGGAAGUAAGUUUAAAUCAAUUCUUGACCUUGAUCAGGAAAAAAUAGUCUUCCAUAUUCACCAAGAUUCUGUUGAUGGACGUUUCUUUAAUGUUAUCAGUUUAUAAUAUCAAACCAUAUUAAUAAACAAUUAGUUAUUAUUUUCUUCAAUAAUUCUUUUUAAUACUUCUGUGGUAAUAUCAAAGUCUUUAUCUGGACUUUCUUUUACUUUACAAGCUCUUCUAAUUCUUUCUAAUUCUUUUUUUUUAUUAAUUAUUUCAUCGUUA